GUACGCGCACUUUUGCGCAAACACAAAUUGAAACCCGAAUCGAGGUUGAGUGAGGUCGGAAGUGUGGGACUCCGUCAGUAGUUUUGACUGAGGCUCAGUAUUUACACGAUUUACACCCAUGCCCGCCCUCUAGCGGUCACAUGGUACAUCUAUGUGGACAGUGUUGUGCUUGUUUGUAUGUGGUUCCGGCCAUUGUUGAGAGCCUCAUUGCCCCGGCUGAUCUUGGACACGCGCAUCUCUCCCGGCCCCACGAAGCAAGCCAACCCCGUCAUGGCGCAAGAAUCUCAGGCCAAGGUGGAGAAAUCCAUCAAGGCCUUCAUCAAUGACAUCGAUCGCACGCAUCUGCGCUCCAUGGAGCAGGCCAUGCACGAGUGUGCGGCCCAAUGCUGCGCCCAGAAAACCGCCCCCAUGGAUGAGGUGCACGGGUGCGUGGAGAACUGCCAAAAGACAACGCUCCGGGCGCAGCAAUUCGUCCAGGAGGAACUGGGUCGCUUCCAACAGAGUCUCAGUCAAUGUGUCAUGGCGUGUCAGGACCGGGUCAAGGACAAGGUCACGCCCGAGAGCUCCCAGAACGAGAUCACCCAGUUGCGGGGCGAGUUCGAGACGUGCGCCAUCCAAUGCUGUGAUACGAACCUGGCCCGAUUGCCGGACAUUGCCCAAAAGAUCGGGGUCACCCUCAAGAGUGACAAGUACUAAUUACUGACUCAUAUCAUGUGUGUGAUCACCGGGACCGUGCCAGCCAGCGGCCGACCCGGACGCACUUGGGGUGCCGGGUGCCGGGUGCCGUGUGCCGCUUGAUGCAUCAUGCAUCAUCCUCGAAUGGUGCCCUAGCAGGACCGAUUACUCAAAUGUUAUUGUUUCGUGUACAUACGUGCCUGAUGGGUCGAUUGGUCAAGAAUUGAUAGAGCCACACCAUAAAA